CAUCAAAACUGUCAAUUGUCAUUCCCUGAUUGUCAUUGAUUGUCAUUAGAGGUUAAGAAUCAGAGUAAACAAAAGUAACAACAGGUCUUCAGCUCUAGACAACCGCUUUCAAGAAAGUGAAGGUAACACCUAUCCUCGCGAAACUCCACCACCAUGGGUGACCGCUACAACAUCCACAGCCAACUGGAGCAUCUCCAGUCCAAAUACAUCGGCACAGGACACUCCGAAAUCACCAAAUACGAGUGGCUCGUCAAUCAGCACCGAGACAGCUACUCGAGCUACCUCGGCCACUCUGACCUGCUCAACUACUUCGCCAUCUGCGAAAACGAAGCCAAAGCACGUGUCCGCUUCAACCUCAUGGAGAAAAUGUUACAACCCUGUGGUCCCCCACCUGACAAGCCCGAGGACUAAAUAAAACAUCUUUCACUUAUAAA